AUGAGUGGUCUAGACAGCCUGCUUCACCGAAGGCCUCCAACCGUCUGGGAACGUUUCUGUGAUUCCCCACUUCUCUUUCUCGCACGAACGGCAUAUUCGUUCAGCUCAAACCCCUCCACCGCCUUAUCUGUCACUGCCCAGGACAUCUCGGCCUCAUGCAUCCGCAUCGUCUGCAUUUCAGAUACUCACAACACCCACCGCCACCAACCCGUACUCCCUGACGGCGACAUCCUCAUCCACGCCGGCGACCUGACGCAAUCCGGCACGCCCGCGGAGCUCGCGGACGCGCUCGCCUGGCUGGACGAGCAGCCGCACCAACACAAGCUGCUCAUCGCCGGCAACCACGACUGCGCGCUCGCCGACCCCGCCGCCCGCACGCGCAUUCUAGCGGCGUACCCGGCGCUCGUCUACCUCCAAGACCAAGCGACGACGGUCGCAGUCCGCGGCCGCGAGCUCCGCGUCUACGGCAGCCCGCGUACGCCGCAGCACGGCGGCGGCGCGUUCCACUACCCGCGUGCGGCCCCCGCGGUCCUCGGGCUGGCGCCCGCUGAAGGGGAACACGACGUCGAAGAUGUCGACCUCACGGCGGCCUCGUCCGCGGUGGACGUGUGGGCGCGGAUCCCGGCGCUGACGGACGUGCUCGUCACACACGGCCCGCCGCUGGCGCACCGCGAGCUCGACGCGCGCGUUGGCUGCGCCGCGCUGCUCGCCGCACUUUGGCGCGUGCGCCCGCGCCUGCACGUGUUCGGCCACGUCCACGCCGGGCGCGGCGUCGAGCGGGCGCGCUGGGGCGCGGCGCAGCGGGCGUAUGACGAGAUUUGCGCCGGCUCCGGCAUUGGCGGGUGGUUCGCGCUCGCCCGGCUACUGGUGUGGGUGGUCGUGGAGAGGAUCGGCGCGUGGUGGGGUUUCUUGGAUGGCGACGAGGGGACGGUGAUGGUGAACGCGGCGGCGGUGGGCGGAACGAGGGACGAGAGGAAGGAGGGAGCCGUCGUGGUGUGUAUUUGA